AUGAAUAGGAAAGUAUUACUUAAAAAACACUUCUUAUUUUCUCAUGACCAGCCGUAAAUAUAAUUUAGCUAUCAAAGCUUUAUUUCUCAAUCAAAAGAUAAGGAAAUUCAACAUUCAUCAAAAACUGCUGAUGCUUCUCCUAAAGCAGAAGUAUCAAUCCAAGUUAAUAUGUUUGAUAUUGAUAUGGAUAAAACUUUAAUCGAAAUUGAUAAUAGCGAUGCUUUGGAAAGCACUUUCCAGACUACGCUGAACCAAACUCAAGAUUUCUCAAAGCAAAUAAGCAAGUUUGAUUGGACUCCUAAACAAAAUUUUUCGAAAACCCAAAAGCCUGAGUCUCGCAGGUUUUUGAGACCUACAACAACCCCAAUUACAUUUGAAAGCUCAAUUGUUUACACAGGGAGCUCUAGCCCUCGAACUAAGCCCAAAACGCAUCAUUUAAGAUCAACUUCUGUGAAUAAAAAUAAAGUUAUUAAGCCAAUACCGGCAAAAUUAAACGCAACUAUGAGGCAAAACGAGAAAACAAUAUUUAACCAAGAAUCGGAAAAAAUUAAAAAGGCAUUAUUUAAAAAAGUCCCGAUUUUAAGGCUCUCAAGUGCUCCUCAUGGUGUUUACACAAAAAUGAAGCCGUGAAAUACAAUAUAUAAUAAUUCUCACUUUUUAUCUAAUAGUCACAGAGGAGGUGUUCAUAGAAGGAAUAAGACAGAGUUAAUUAAUCCACCAUGAAACUAUAGCUCAGGACGGCUUUUAGCUCGUUGUGUGCUAACUAUUUCUCUUCAAUUAGUAGAGUUGGCUUAGAACCAAAAGUUGCCAACAACCCAGGAUGAGCUAAAAGCCGUCCUCUGCUAUAA